AUGUCGUCUGCACAACACGACGACGACAAGACCCAGAAGCUACAACGGCAGCUUACUAGUAAAGACGAUGAUAUACGCUCUUACGAGAACAAGCUGUUCAUGGCUAAUAACGACUACAACGACCUGUCAAUCAACUACAAGGACGCCCUUUAUCGCUCCUCUAGAGAAUCUGAACGCGCUAACAAACUCGAGAAUGACUCCAUCAAGCACACAGAUGAAAUAAAGAAACUCAAAUUACAGCUGGCUAACUGUCAAACUACCAUGGAAUCUUCAGACGCUAAACUCAGAGGCCUCCAGUCUUCAGAGAGCAGCCUUGAGAAACGUCUCAAUUCGUCUCAUUCUAAUCAUGACGCUAUUAAAUUACUAGAGUCUCGCUUGGAUAGUGCAAAUUCCAAUCUCAAAGACGCCACAACAGACAAGACGCGGUUAUCUGAGAAGAUGAUUGAGAUUCAAAACCAGCUAAUGGCUUCAGAAUCUCUUAACAAGAAACUACGCGAGGAGAUUGACGACAACGUUAUGCAAUUAUCCUCACAUCAAAACACCUCAUCUAACAGACGCGAUUCGGUAUCAAUCAAGGAAAUUCUCAAUUCUCAAAUAGAAAGUCUUAAUGAGAAACUAUCUAAAUCUCAACAAGACUUGAAUAUGGCUCAGAAUCAGCUUAUGGCCUUAACACGCUCCUCUAAGCGCGAAAUUGAGCAGUUGCGAGAAGAAGCUCAGGAUGGUCAUGAGGCGCAAAAGAAUCUUGAAUCUCUCCUUGCUCAAUCGGAUAGCAUUCAAGGUGAGUUAGAUAAAAAGACAGUCGCUUUGGAGAGCGCACAAAAUGAGGUAAGGCAGUUGCAACUCCAACUUAUUCAAGAGCAGUCAAGAACUAGCCAAAGUAACGCAUCUCAUCAACAAAAUAAAGACGACGAAAUGUCUAUAUCCGAGUUGGAAGAUGCUUUGUCCACCCCAGUGUCUAAAUCUGCCCUUAAUAUGUCUUCAAAUUCUAAACUUCUCGCCGAAAUUUCUCGUCUGAUGGCUAUGAUUCACAGAUUGAGAGCUGAUCGCGAUGAAAACCUCGGUAGAGCACAUUUUUCAGAGACUGAAUUAAAGUUCUCACAACAAGUUCAUCAAAAGGACUUGGACAAGCAUGAAACAGAGCUUUCUAGUUUGGUACACACGCGAAACGAGUUGACUGAGGAACUGAAAAACUCCAGAAUCACGUGCCACGAGUACGAAGAACAAAUGAAGAAAAUCGCCGUCCAACUUGAGCAAACAAGACAUGAGUCGAAUGAGACCACGAAAUCACUCGAGAGAUCUCUCAGUCAAGCCAAGGUACAAAUAACGGACAUGGAGCAGACUGAUACGCAAAAUCUUAUCAAGAUUGAUGCUGCUACUGCUCAAUACAAAGCACUUCAAGAUUCAUAUUCCGGACAUCGAGAGAGAAUUGUAGAGUUAGAGACUGCUCUGAAAACAUCCCAAGAAGAAGCACAGGAAUUUAAAGAGGAUUUGCAAGAUUGGGAAGAGCAUCAUCUCACAUUACAGGAGGGAGCAGUUGGGAUUGUUGAGAAAUUGCAGGAUCGUCUAAAUGAUUUUCGCGAGAAAUUGCAAAGUGCUGAAGUAAACUAUGGUAUUGCACAAGAUCGCGUUCAGUCAAUUACAGUUGAGUUUGAUAAGGAUCGCAUGGCAUAUGAGGCUAGAAUAGAUGAGAUUGAUAGUAAAUUCAACGCUGCUCUCGAAAGCGAACAUGAAAGAGCGAAAUUCACAGAUAGUAGAUUGUCACAGCUGACCGACAUGUCCAAUACGAUCAGAGAAAACUUCAACCAAACCCGCCUGAAACAUUCAGAGGAGAUAAAGAAUUUGCGCAAUGAGCAUGCUAUCGAAUUGUCCAAAGUUAAGCAAUCUCAUCAAGAUAGCAGCCAAGAUCGCAAUCGUCAAGUGGAGGCUGCGAUACAAAUCCAUGAAGAUCAUCACGAUGGUAUUAUCUCCGACCUCAAAGCCAAUGUUAGGAGGCUUGGCAGCGAGAAGAAUGAAUUUGUUGAGCAUUUGGCUGGAAAAGAGCAGGUACUUUUGGAACUCAAAGCUCAACACGCUGCGGAUAUAGAGAAACUCAACUCAGAGAAGCAGCGCCAACUCGAUGAGACGUGCAAGAAAUUUGACGAGAAAUUGAUCCAAAUGCAGAAAAAGAACCUCGAUGAUGAAAGUUUAGGUGAAGUGAUGGUCGAUGACGCUAAGAACAAAGAGGAGUAUCACACCAUGGAGAUACAGUAUGAGGAGCGUAUACGAGAGCUUGUCGAUCAAGUCCACAAGGCGGAUGAGAAAGUACACCAUCUUGAAACCAAGCUGAACGAGAGUUUGGAGAAUGUGGCACACCUCCAAAACAUGUCAGCUGGUGGUGACACGACUCUUGGUAAUUCGACUCUCGGCAAUUCAACCCUCAGAAACUUGUUUGAGCAGAGUGCAAACCAAACUAGGGAACAAAGCAUGAGAUCUUCAGUUGGUGGCAAUGACACACUCAACAAUCUCUUUAGAGAGGGUAUAGAGCAACGCAACCAGCAACCGUCGCAAAGCUUCAGUGGAGAAGUGGUUGAUAUUGGCAGUAGCAGUGAAGAUGAGCCGACAUCCAACAACACUAUCAACAAUUCCCUAUUCGCUACUGGAAUCGGAUUGAGCAUGGGCCAGGCCGCAGAAGGAAGCAUGUCGAAUGAGAGCCGAGGCUAUUUCGAUGAAUCUGUAAUGGCAGAUGAAGUUCUCAAUCGGAGUGAAAACCAUCGUGAUGGCAGUAUCGCUGAUCAUUCAACGGACGCGACUAUCGCUCAGCUAUUCGCUGAGCGUCAACCAACGCAUGACGAGCUACGUGGUCGUAUUAUGCAGCUAGAGCGCCAGCUACGUGAAGCCAUAGCUGAACGUGACGAGAAACUAAAUGAAGCUGUGAAUGAAAGCGAGAAGCGUAUCCGCAUACUCUACGAAGAAUUCAAAAAAGCUGAUCAGGAGAAUGAGGAGAAGCAGGAGAAGCAGCUCCACGCACUGCAGGCCGAGUACAUUACCCACGAGAUGCACGAAUCUAAAUUGCACGCUAUGGCGCAGGUCAUUUUCGCCACUAAGAAGGAGCACAGAGUGGCUUCUGAACUUAUAACUGAUCUGCAAAACAAGGCUGAGGAGAUGGCUGAGGAACAUGCUGUGCGUGUUGCUGGUCUUGAGCUGCAACUCGCUUCUGUGGCGGACACUCACUCUAAUGAAACCGAUCGUGUCAGGGAAGUAGAAACUGAGCUGGCUGCUGCAAAGCACACUUACGAUGAAAAUAUCGCUCAACUCCACCAGCAACUCGAUUCGAUGACAGACACUCGCUCCGAGCGUGUCAAGGAAGUCGAAGCUGAGUUGUCUACUAUUACCCACGACCACUCCGAACGCAUCGCUGAACUCCAGCAGCAACUCACUAUUGCAAAGAACGACCACGCCACACUAUCACAUGAAUUUGACGGCUAUAAAUCUCAAAAAGACUCUGAAACGGAAAAUGAGAAGCGAGUUGCAGCUAACAUCGAAACCGAGUUGGAAGUUCUCCGUCAAGAUCGUAUUAGUGAUAAUAUCAAACUCGAAGAGAUUACUACUUUGCUAGAGAAGAUUACACGCGAGUACGAACAUAAGCAGGAGGAACUUAACCGAUUGAUCGACACACAUGAUGGUGAAGUGGAGCAUCAAAAGCAAUUACUACUUUCUUCUCAUGAACAGUCAAGUAAGUUGACGAGAUCAGUUGAGGACUUAGAGAAAAAGUUGAGGAGUGUUGAAGAAGGACGCAAUGAGGUUGAUAGCGAAGCCUACGAAGAACUCAGAGAGGAGCAUAAGGUGAUUAGUGAGGAGCUCAAGGCGUUGCAAGAGGAGCGUGAACAGUUUACUCAGCAGCUUGAUAGCUCGACAAAGUUGAUUGAGGAGAGCAGAGUUGAAUACGACACACUCCUCAAAAGUGCGAAAAAUGAGAGAAGUAUGUUGAAUGAACAAAUCACAACCCUCAACGUGAAACUCGAGGAAGAUAGUCAGCUGAGGACACAGCUUGAACAAGUCAUCAAAUCGAAAGAAGAUGAAAUGGAAUCAAAGCGUCUUAAACUUGAUGAACUCUUAGCAAAGGUUGAGACUGAUCAGACGUUACUUCGUGAAGCUGAGGAGACUAGCAGUCGCUACAGCGAGGUGAUUGAGCAACUGAAGCAAGUUGAAAAGCAACUCAACGAGAAUGUUAAUCUUGUCACAGAAAGGGAAGCUGAAAUUUUCACCCUUAAUGACGCACUGUCCACACAAUCAGCUGCUAUUGAGGAUAUUGGCAAAUUGGAAGCUGAAAUCGGAGCACUAACACAACAGCGUGAUGAAGCUAUCACUUCCGUGUCAGCUAGUAAUGCAAAGGUUGAUGAGUACAAGGUUAUUAUUUCAAGCAAGGAAGAAGAGUUGGUUGUGGCAAGUAAUGGUUUAGCUACCUUGGAAUCAGAAAAGGAGGAGCUGCUAAAUAAGGUCCAAAAUGGGGGAUCAGGAUCAGCGACAGCUGAUGCUGAAGAACUUGAAGAGGCUCGCGAACGCAUACAGCAGCUAGAGUCAGGCUUGGAGUCAGCUCAGCAGAUGACGGAAGAAGCUGAAGAUAAGUGUCUUGAGCUUGAGAAGACAGUUAAGAGACUCAAUAGCCAGGUCGACCGUCUCAAAGCUGCUAUCAAGGAGCAUCCAAAACCAGGUUCCCAAUCUGGCUCUUCGAAGAAAGAUGACGAUGCCAAGGUUUCAACGUCUUCUGAAAUAGUAUCUAGAACGAGACAUGCAACACAAAGCACUCAGAGCACGUAUACUACACAAAUGACUCAAAAGAAAUCAAGCGAAGCCUCUAAAGGUAGUGCAUCGCCACGUGCCAACGCUAAGAAGAGACUUAGAGACGAUGAUGAUGAAGAGCAUCAGCCUCGUAAAAACCCAAAUCCAAGUCAAGCAGAGGCGUCACCAGCGACCAGAAGUCGCAAAAAGUCCGAGCCAAUAUCGGGUACACCACAAAAGAGACAACCGAGCCUUUUGAGUAAAAACAAAGCGUUUACUCCUAGGAGACACGCUUCACAGCCUCAUUCUCAACCUCAAUCUCAAAGCCAUCAAUCAGGAUCAGCGUCUGGUACUACGGAUAGUAGAGAUCCUAACUCGCGCAGGUCUUCACAACGACAGCAGAACUCUCAAAAUACUCAAAUCAGCGACUUGAGGGGAAGACUCAAUCAAUUUAAGAGACAGUGA